AUGGCGAGGAAGUUCAGCGGAUUAGAAAUUUUUCUGAUAGUCCUUUUUUCCAUAGUGACAAUAAUAGCUGUAGCCUUGGUUGUUGUUUUAGCAACAAAAACACCUGCAGUCAAAGAAUAUGUAUCAGGAUACCCACCACCUACUCCAGGAAAAUGCCCAAGUGAUCCAAAUGCCCAUAUAAAUGGAAGAAUAAACUGCAUACCAGAUCAACUAGCAACAAAGGAAGUGUGUGCCCAGCGAGGUUGUUGCUGGAGGCCUUUGGCUGAGAGGCACAUUCCCUGGUGCUUCUUUGCAGACAACCAUGGCUACAGAAUAAAUGAACAGGCAUCCACGGAGGCUGGUGUAGAAGCUCGUUUAAGCCGGUUGUCAGCACCCUCCCUGUUCGGAAAUGACAGCCACACGGUCCUCUUCACAACCCAAAAUCAGACCCCCAAUCGAUUCCGAUUCAAGAUUACUGAUCCUAAUAAAGAAAGAUUUGAGGUCCCUCAUGCUCACGUCAAGCCUUUUACUGGAAAUGCAUCUUCCAAUCCAAACUAUAAAAUUGAGGUUACAGAGAAUCCAUUCAGCCUCAAAGUGACCAGAAAAAGCAACAACAAAAUCCUGUUUGACACAAGCGUUGGGCCUCUUGUGUUUUCUGACCAGUACAUGCAACUUUCAGCCAAACUUCCUAGUGAAUACUUUUAUGGGUUUGGAGAGCAUAUUCAUCAGAGAUAUCAGCAUGAUUCUUCCUGGAAAACGUGGCCUAUCUUUACGCGAGAUGAACUACCUGGUGGAAAUAAUCAUAAUUUAUAUGGUGCUCAAACUUUCUUCAUGUGCCUAGAAGAUGAAACUGGAGCAUCAUUUGGCGUUUUCUUAAUGAACAGCAAUGCCAUGGAAAUUUUCAUCCAGCCGACUCCGAUAAUAACUUAUCGGGUUAUUGGUGGCGUUCUGGAUUUUUACGUCUUCUUAGGAGAGACCCCAGAGCAAGUUGUGAAGGAAUAUCUAGAGUUUAUUGGACGGCCAGCAAUGCCUUCAUAUUGGAGUCUUGGAUUCCAACUGAGUCGUUGGGAUUAUGGAAGUCUGAAUGAAGUGACAGCCGUUGUGGAAAGAAACCGUGCAGUUGGUCUGCCUUACGAUACUCAAGUCACAGAUAUUGACUACAUGGAUGGAAAAAAAGACUUUACUUAUGAUAAGGAUAAAUUUGCUGAUCUUCCUCAAUUUGCUAAAGACUUACAUAGCAAAGGAAUGAAAUACAUCAUUAUCCUGGAUCCUGCUAUUUCUAUUAAUACAACCAACAGUGAUGGUUCUAAAUAUGAAACCUAUGAGAGAGGAUCAGCCAGUAAUGUAUGGAUUAAGGAGAAGGAUGGAGUUACCCCACUCAUUGGAGAGGUAUGGCCAGGAUUAACUGUAUUUCCUGAUUUCACCAAUCCAACGUGUAUCAAAUGGUGGGCAGAAGAAUGUAAGAUUUUUCACAGCAAAGUGGAAUACGAUGGACUUUGGAUUGAUAUGAAUGAAGUAUCAAGCUUUAUUAGAGGAUCAAAAAAAGGAUGUGAAGACAACAACCUGAACUAUCCACCUUUCACUCCCAGUAUUCUUGAUGGUGUGAUGUUUUCAAAAACUGUUUGCAUGGAUGCAGUGCAACACUGGGGAACGCAUUAUGAUGUUCACAGCUUGUAUGGAUACAGCAUGUCUAUAGCCACUGAAGAAGCCAUUCAACAAGUGUUCCCUAACCAAAGAAGCUUCAUUCUUUCACGUUCUACUUUUGCCGGGUCAGGGAAACAUGCAGGACAUUGGUUAGGAGACAAUUCUGCUACGUGGGAACACCUUAAAUGGUCCAUACCUGGAUUACUGGAAUUCAGCUUGUUUGGAAUACCUUAUGCUGGAGCUGACAUUUGCGGUUUCUUUGGAGACACCACAGAAGAGCUAUGCAGAAGAUGGAUGCAACUGGGAGCAUUUUAUCCAUUUUCUAGGAAUCAUAAUAGUCAAGGACCAAUUCCCCAAGAUCCUGCUUUCUUUGGAAAUCAGUCUCUUUUGGUGAACACAUCAAAGCACUACUUGAACAUACGCUACAAAUUGUUGCCUUUCCUCUAUACUCUGUUUUAUAAAGCUUCAACGUUCGGAGAUACUGUAUCAAGGCCCCUUCUGCAUGAGUUCUAUUCCGACAGUAACACAUGGAAUGUGGACACUCAGUUUUUAUGGGGCCCUUCGUUCCUCAUCACUCCAGUUCUGGACCAAGGUGCAACUGAAGUAAACGCUUAUAUACCUGAUGCAGUAUGGUAUGACUAUGAAACUGGCGAAAAAGUACCAUGGAAAAAAGAAUUUGUGAAAAUGUCCCUUCCAGAAGACAAAAUAGGAUUACAUCUGAGGGGAGGUUACAUUUUACCCACUCAGCAACCAAAUGUUACCACAACUUACAGCCGUAGAAAUCCCUUAGGACUUAUAAUUGCAUUAGACGAAAAUGGUUUGGCAACAGGAGAUUUAUUCUGGGAUGAUGGAGAAACCAAAGAUAGUAUAGAGAAGAAAGCCUUCACCUUGCAAAAUUUUUCCGUUUCUAAUAAUCGUUUAGACAUCCACGUUUUGAACAAAGGAUACAAUGAUGACUUAGUAUUUGAGGAAAUUAGAAUGCUUGGAAUACAAGUUAAACCAACUAAUAUUACUGUGAAGAUGAAUGGAGCAAGCGUCCCAUCCUCUCACGUUGAGAGCUAUGAUUCUUUAACAAAGGUUCUCUUGAUAAAUGGACUCAGUCUUUCCCUGGGAACAUCCUAUUCAGUAGAGUGGAAUUAGAGGGGUCUUUAACAACCAACAGCAGUUGAAGCAUAUCAAAUCUCUUUAGAGACAAAAUAAUCUUUGCAAAUUCAGUCUACAAAUGUUUAAUCCAUUCCUGAAUGAAGCGCUGACAUUCUGGUCUGUGGUGUGACUGGUCCUGAGAAGGGUCUGGAGAAUGGACAACCAUGAACAGAGUUGGGUGGCUGGGGAAUAUCCUGCCUUCCCUAACUUUAAAAAUUGUUUACGUUUUUGAGGUAAGCUUAGGGAGCAUUUCUUUUAACAGGCUGGCUAAGUCUCAUCUGUGUCUCAUUCACAUACCAUUCUUCCACUUUCAACCCUAUCUUCACCUCACUGUGUUUCCCAUCCCUCCCACCUGCCCCUCAUUUCUACCCAUCCUCUUUCCUCCCCUUUAUGACAUCCCUUCUCUUCUAUCCACACUGUCCCCUUCUCAAACAUUUCUCCCUUUCUUCCCUCUUUACCCAUCUCCAAACAUCCCUUUCUUCCAUUUCAGUGUUUUGUGUGGAAACUACAAACUCAUAUGUAUCAAUUGUUAGCCUAACUCAGUGAACACCCUUAGACCCAGCCAUGUCCAACAGAUAAGGUCUGAUUUUAUGUUCUCUAACCCUUGUCCUCGCCGCCUUCAUUUGAUUUCUUAUGAUAUGCAGAAUUGACUAUGUCCUUGGGGUCUAUUCAGGAUGGUGAGGCCUGGAAACUGAAUGACCUUUUUCAAUGUCACAAAAUGUUUCAUUAAAACAAGAAUAAAAAGUUUCAACUUUA